AACGACGGGCGUAGUCAUAGCACACGUGAAGCAUCCGACAAUGACAACCUCAAAGUCGAGCUAGACCAGCUCUCUAUACAGACUCGCCGCUUCGUCGAUGUGACUAGUAGUCUUACCCAAAAUGUCGCCAAUCUUACUGCCACACUCCAGGAGACACAGGAUGCACUUGCAUCGAUCAAGACCGAGCUUUCCUCACUCAAGCUCGAGAACGAACGGCUACGAGACGAACUGAGUGCACUGCGUCUUGAGAAAAACACUAGUAGCACUCCACCUAAGAUAGAAAACUUCCCGUUGAUGAAGCUCCCGCCUAAUGUUCGUCACAAAAUCUGGCAUCUAGCUGCCGGGCCAAAAUUGAUGGAGAUAUUCGAGAUACGCUGGCGGUAUCCUGUGCCUGACACGGAGCCACGGUCGGUAGUUACUAUGGAUAAGAGGCGUAUGAGGGUGUCACAUGCCUGCCAGGAAUCGAGGAGUCUCUUGUACCCCUCACUACGAUGCUCCGAGUGGCCUCAUACCCCUGUACAGACGUAUAUGGACCCAGAUCGCGACAGCGUCAUGAUUAACGGCAACUUCAUGAUCGGAAUGAGCUUCGAGGAUAUCCUAGGGCAUGUACAACGGCUCAUCUUAACGCCCGACCAUGGCAGCUUCCAGAUUAUAGAAGAGAUAGCUUCGAGUUACGGUCCGUGUUGGAACAUGCAACAGGUCAGCUUCGUGCUUGAGACUUGGAGUAUUCCGGCCCAGGCGAGCACCUUGAUCUGCGAACGGUUAUCUGCACGUAUGCCAGUCGUGGUUGACCUAGAUGAUGAUCAGGAGAUGAUUCGGACGAUGAACCAAAUCGUAGACGGACCUUGGCACAGCCAGAACCACAAGAGGGUAGAUACGCUCUCUGGCUUCUACAAGCAAUGCCAUAUAACACGGACAAAGAAAUCGUAUAAUAGGAUGACAUCCUGUGGAAGCAGGUUAUGCGAAACUAAGCACUGGGAGGGGUUUUGUACUGCGUUCCGUAUGGGUUGGUAUGAACAGAGUCAUUGGUAUAAUCAGAGGGUGCCGGAUAUAAAGAGAGUGGCGCUGUUGGUUGAAGGAGACGAGGGGACCCCCAAGAUAUCGCAGCACCUACCAUGGCAUCCGAAGAGCUCGUCCCAUUAUUGAGGCUGGACAUAUGUAUAUACAUAGCU